AUGAACCCCCACCAGCAGAACAAAGUAGACAUUAGCAAAAUGUCGCCGGAGGAGGCCAAGCUCUUCCGUUUGUACGGAAAGCUGCCAAACAAGAAGGACCUGCUGCAGAACAAGCUCAAGGAGCGCAAGUACUUCGACAGCGGCGAUUACGCGCUCUCCAAGGCCGGCAAGGCUUCAGACGCCGGUGUCACCCAGGUCGGCCGCGAGCACCCCAACCCUGAGAAGAUCCCGCACAUGGCCCCGCCCACACCAGUCAAUGGUCAGGUGCCAACAAGCGGAGAUAUGAAGGCCGGCAGCCCAUCGAAGGAGGGUGGCACCUUCCUGCACCGCGAGACAAGCUUGAACCGCGAGACUUCAGCUUCCGAUUUCGCCGAGAACGCCGAGCCCCAGAACCAGCAGGCUGCUCAGGUCUAA